AUGGCAGAUGAACCGCGAUCGACGAUUAUCAAAGACAAUCUUAUUGGGAAAGGCCUUGAUUCCUUCCGGACUUCUUUCAAUUCGACCUGUGAAGACAAAGGCCUCUCCUACUCACAGGACACGCUGGGUCAGCUUGGCCAAGAGGAUCUCCGAAAUCUCGCGCUCCCUUUUCUUUUCUCUCUACAGAGCCUUCCUGCUUCUGGCCUGCUCGUUUUCGAAGACCGGUCGUGGCACGCUUCGAAGCGACCUCCUGAGACUCAUUUCUGCGUCUAUCUCGCUGUCACCGAAUCUACCCCGCCUCCCCGACCGAUAGCAUCAUCUAUCCAACAAACUCCGUGGCUUUACAACACAGGCAGCUUCGCGAAUUCCUCCGAAUACCGCCAAGAUGUGGACAGGGUCCUUAAGUUGGAGCUUGGUCCUCUCUAUGUUGGAGUUCCUCGAUUCCGCGAAACAUUUUUUGGGGCUGUGGCAGAUCUUCAGGCAGCGUCCGAGCUAUUCUUCAAGAAGUGCAUGGAAGGCAAUAAUCCAUGUUUUCGGGGAGGGUGGACAGGGUGGCCGAAAGACGCAAAUCAGGAUGAUGUUUUAUGCUGGUUUGCCGAAUUGAGCGAGGAGCUGGCAGCAUUCGCCGAGGACCACAAGUCGACCCCGACACACCGACGAAGGCCCCUGGCACAGCCCAAUAAGCCGAUUAAGGGUUCCACAGCGGAACGUAAGCUAGAUAUUGGCUUUGUCAGCGAUCAAAAGCUAGAAAAGACUCUAGAUGCCACUGGUGGCAGAUCCUCGUGCCGGCUCGACCUAGGGCGGUAUGCCAGAGAGGUGCUUGCUGCUCAAGAUACAUGCCGCUUUGUCUUGGGAUUUACACUUUGUGGAUCUUUGAUGAGGGUUUGGCUUUUCGACCGGCUCGGGGGGGUUGCAUCCGAACGAUUCGACAUUAACGAAGAUGGACUGCAGUUUGUGUCUACAAUUCUCGGCUUUCUCUGGAUGAAUGAGGAGGAGCUCGGAUUCGAUCCUACAAUCAUCAUAGAAAAUGGCCAACGAUUUAUCGAGAUCGAGCGGAAGGCCCAGACAGAACGCCUUAUUAUUGAUACAAGGAUCAAGCGUAUACCAUGCGUGGCAGGCUGGGCAACGACUUGUUGGAAAGCCCAUCGCGAGGAUGACCUACGGACACCACUUGUUAUUAAAGACUCAUGGCAAUAUACAGAAAUGGAUGAGGAAGGUGAGCUCCUCCGUGAGGCGACUGAGAACGGUGCAGUCAACGUAGCCCGGUACUACCACCAUGAGACAGUUUAUGUCCGCGGUGAAGUCGAUGAUGUUCGAAGUAAUGUUCCAGGUGGACUGAAUAUCAUGGGGGCGGGGAAUUACCGGCCGGGACGGUCGAUAGCGUCACCAAGUACUGGCGUCUCACGGAAAGGCCGCAGCAGCAGCAAUGCUGGCCUGAAGCGGGCAUCAAGCCAGACUGGCGCCCCUUUACCGCCUAGCAAGCGAUUCUGUUCAGCAUCUCCGACAAAGGCCAGCACCGGACUGCCAAAUCGGGUGCACUGGCGUGUCGUUCUUUGUGACUACGGAAAGCCCAUCUACAAGGCAAGCUCCCGAGCGGCUCUACUUAGCGCGCUAGAGGGUUGCAUUGAGGGACACGAGUCCUUGCGCAAGGCCGGCCUCCUGCACAGAGACAUAUCGAUCAACAAUCUCAUGAUAAACGAGGAAGAAGAGAAUCCUUCCUGGGCUUCCUUUUUGGUCGAUCUUGACCUUGCUAUCAGAAAGCAGCGAGAAGGAGUCAGUGGAGCAAGAAGAAAGACUGGCACGAGGGCGUUCAUGGCCAUCGGUGUACUUCUAGGCGAGCAGCAGCAUUCUUUCAUGCAUGAUCUCGAGUCAUUCUUCUGGGUGCUGUUCUGGAUAUGCAUUCAUUACAAUGGGCCAGGCAAAGAUAUUGGGCCAACUGAGUUUGAGAGCUGGAAUUACGAGAGCGAUAACAAGCUGGUUCGGUCCACAAAGGGCGUAAUUGAUGACGAAGAGGAUUUUCUUAACAUCUCAGACGAAAAUUUCACGCCAUACUACCAAUCAUUGAUUCCAUGGGUCAAUAGACUGCGGAAGAAGGUAUUCCCAAAUGGUGAGAGGUGGAAGAAAGAAGACCUAGACCUGUAUAUCAAGAUGAAGGAGACUCUUCACGAAGCCCGGAAUGACCCGAAAGUGUUGGGGACGGAUAGCAUUGUAUGA